GAACAUUUAGCUGCAAAUGUGCUGCCAACACUACUAGGUGGCCACAUAAUUUGCUGAUGUGUAAUUUUUAAUUAAAAAAAUAAACUUACUUUUAGAAUUAGAAGGAUUUUGUGCUGUUCUCAAUUUCUUAUUCCACCGUCUAUGUUUCCUCUUUCUUCCCAAGUUCCUUCCCUUGUGUGCCAAUUUAGAAACCAUUCUGCAACUCUACAAGCCUCACUGACUUCGAUACCAAUUGGUAAGUUUCAUGGCUUGAUUUAUUUGAAUGUGAUUGCUAGUCAAAGUUAUCUUCUUUGAUGGAUGGUGGAGAAGUUAGUGAGAUACUGGACUCGGAGUUGUUAGGUGAAGGGCUAAUACCAACUCUGCUACAUGCGCAUGACAUGCUAUUGGUGCAAAAUCCACUAACAGUGCCCUACCGUGCAACUACCUAUGGCCAGCUGGUUGAAAGCACAUACUUUUGGAAGCUACAUGAUUUACGUGGUAAUGAAGCAAAAACAUCAGAUGGCAUACAUCUUCUUCCUGCUGGCUUUGAUACUAUUUUAGGUGUCAAACCACACCAAUAUCCAAUGCACUGUGAUGCAAUAACAAAAGAAAUUAAGCUGCUGUCAGACCCCUUCAAAAUAUUUGAAUUUGACUUUUGGAAACGGCCAAACAGUCAUGGAAAAGCUGAGCUCCAAAUAAAGGCGACAGAGGAUGGUUGUGUUCAUGCUGUAGUUUCAUGGUGGAUACUUCAGCUUGAUCGUGAAGGAACAGUCUUUUAUUCAACUGCUCCUCAAUGGAUAAAUUCACCAAUCAACACAGGUGACCAGGAUUGGUGUGACCACUGGAAACAAUGUGUCUGGUUCCUUCCUGGGAAGGGUGUAUUCAUAUCCAAGGGACAAGAAGUGUUGUUGGAGGCUAUUCAUACUGAUACUAGUAUUUCGUAUAACCUGAAAACCUUAGUCCCACGGUCUGAUGUAACAGCAUGAUAAUAAAUUUGAGGAUUUUCAGCUCAUACUACCACCUGAAAGAGUUGCAAUUUAUGGAGACAGUAAUUGGAGACUGUCUAUGUUAAUGGCUCUAAAAAAUGCUGUAAGAUCUCUCUCGACUCCAACCAUGCUUGUUAAGACUUAAGAGUCUUCCUCAUGCAUGUUGAAAUUGUCCUUUUGUGCUCCCCUUAAAAAAAUUUCAUAGUUAGU